UCAGAGAUCAAGUUCAUUCUGGAGGAGCCCUGCUUGCAAUUCUGUUGUGAACUCAGGUUGCCCAGUCUGGUGUUUCGCAGUGGACUACUCUGAAAUGCAUGUGUAACAGGCUGAAUGAGCUGCCUGUGCCUGGCCCUGCCUGACCCCAGGCAACUCCCCAGUGAUCAUGUGGUGGCUGCUCCUUCCCAUCACCACUAUAGCUGCUGUCCUGCUCUCCUGGCCACCCCCUGUUUGGGGCAUCUUGCCCACCCGUGUUGUCUUCACGGUCCCGGACAUGGCCCUUACCCAUCUGGCUGUGCACCAUGAGACGGGGGAGGUCUACUUGGGUGCCAUCAACCGCAUCUACAAGCUCUCAGCUAACCUGACCCAGCUACGGGCUCACACUACGGGACCAGUGCCGGAUGAUCCCAGAUGCUACCCUCCCCCAGGUGUGCGGCUCUGUGCCCACCGGCUGUCCCCUGCUGACAAUGUCAACAAGCUGCUUCUGAUUGACUAUGCUGGCAGCCGCCUCGUGGCCUGUGGCAGCGUUUGGCAGGGAGUGUGCCAGCUCUUGCGGUUGGAGGACCUGGCCAAACUAGGGGAGCCUCACCAGCGCAAGGAGCAUUACCUUUCUGGGGGGCGCGAACCAGAUGCCAUGGUUGGUGUGAUCGUGGAGCAGCUGGGAGAGCCCAGCCAGUUCUUUGUGGGCACUUCCAUCGGGGGGCGUUCGGAGUACUUCCCCACCCUCUCCAGCCGCCGGCUGACUCCUGAUGCCACCAGUCCAGAGAUGUUCAGCCUGGUAUAUCAGGACGAGUUUGUCUCCUCUCAGAUCAAGGUCCCUUCUGACACUCUCUCGCUCUACCCUGCCUUUGAUAUCUACUACGUGUCUGCAUUUGUGUCUGGCGGUUUCGUGUAUUUCCUCACUUUGCAGCUUGACACCGCUCAGACGCCCCUCGAGCCUGCCGGAGGUCCCGUUGGCCCUGGAGUGACGGGUGGGGAGCGCUUCUUUUCAUCCAAGAUUGUGCGCCUGUGUGCCAACGACACUGAGUUCUACUCUUACGUGGAAUUCCCCCUGGGCUGCUCCAAGGACGGGGUGGAAUACCGUCUGGUGCAGGCGGCUCAGCUGGCCAAAGCUGGACACCAGUUGGCCCAGUCGCUGGGCAUCACAGAAGGGCAAGAUGUGCUUUACGCUGCCUUCUCACAAGGCCAGAAGAACAGGGCAGCACCACCCCGGGAGAGCCUGCUCUGCCUUUUCACGCUGGACGAAGUCAAUCAACGCAUCCGUGAGCGUAUCCAGUCCUGCUACCGUGGGGAAGGGCGACUCUCUCUACCGUGGCUUCUCAACAAAGAGUUGCCCUGCAUCAACACGCCCAUGCAGAUCAAUGGCAAUUUCUGUGGGUUGGUGUUGAACCAGCCCCUAGGCGGGCUGCAGGUCAUCGAGGGACGCCCGUUGCUUCAGGAAAAGACAGAGGGCAUGGCCAGUGUUGCCGCUUACACCUAUCGUGGCCAUUCAGUCGUCUUUAUUGGAACCCGGACUGGCAACCUUAAGAAGGUCCGUGUGGACAAUCCGGAUGAGGCCCAUCUUUAUGAGUCUGUGCCAGUGAUGCCUGGAGAGCCUCUGCUGCGUGACAUGGUCCUGAGUCCUGACCAGCGCUAUCUCUAUUUGCUCAGUCAGAGACAGGUGGUGCAGCUUCCUGUGGAGAACUGUGGGCAGUACCUCUCCUGUGCUGACUGUUUGGGCUCCAGAGACCCACACUGUGGCUGGUGUGUCCUGCACAAUAGGUGCUGUAGAGAAAGUGACUGUCCCCGUGCUGCAGAGCCCCACCGCUUCACAGCAACUCUGACACAAUGUGUGCAGCUGCUGGUUGAGCCCAGUAAUAUCUCAGUGACAGAACCUAGCAUUGUGCUUCAGCUUACUGUCCACAAUGUCCCAGACCUGAGUGCUGGUGUGACUUGCUCUUUUGAGAGCCUUGGUGAGAGCGAGGGACAGCUUCAGACGGAUGGGGGGAUCCACUGUCUUUCACCUACUUUGAGGGAUGAGCCCCCUGGAGAAUAUGGUGAUGUACGCACUGUUAGGAUCCGACUUCUGUCCAAGGAAACUGGCAUGGAAUUUGCCAGUACAAACUUUGUCUUUUACGAUUGCAGCCUUCUACGCACGUGCUUGUCCUGUGUCAGCAGUCAUUAUCCAUGCCACUGGUGUAAAUACAGGCACACAUGCACCCACAAUGUGGCCAAGUGCUUCUUCCUAGAGGGCCGAGUCAACACCGCUGAGGGCUGUCCAGAGCUCCUGCCUGGUGGGGAGAUCUUGAUUCCUGUGGGAGUGUUACAACCCAUUACCCUGCGUGCCAAGAACCUUCCACAACCUCAGUCAGGCCAGAAGAAUUACGAGUGUGUCUUGGGAAUCCAAGGUCGCCAACAGCGGGUGCCAGCUGUACGCUUCAACUCCAGCAGCAUACAGUGCCAGAAUACCUCG